AUGUUUGUCACGACCGUUCAUGAGAUUGAUGCCUUUGACCCCCGUGAAACCGAAAAGCUGGAGCUGCCAUCGAUCUCGCAGGUCCAUACCCGCGGCCCUGCUGAUACCCCCUGGUACAACCACCACGCGGCCGAACGACCGCUGUUGUCGGGCGAUAAGCUCCCCGCGCUCAGCCUCCCGACCGCCCCCCAGGCCCCGACCCGCACGCACCCAUCCUCAUUCUACCCCGACGUGCCUGGUUCGACCUCCAGUUCCAGCGCCCGAUCAAGUCUGUCUGGUGCUUCUGCGGUCCAGGAGCCCCGGAGCCCCCCGCCUCCUGCAGAUCUGGGACAAGGUCGGCUUUCGCUGGACUCUGAGUACGCUAUUGCUCCGAUCGACGGCUUUUAUCCCAGUCCGACCUCGCUCGGCAGCAUGAACCACACUCAGCCGUACAUGGACGUUCAUUCCCAUCUGUCCUCUGCCCAGCCAUACGCUCCACAGGCUGCGACCGCCGGCACUAUGUCCCACUAUCCAUACCAGCACCAGCCACCCGUCUUGCAACCAGCCUCCAGCUAUGCCCCGGCGCCUUAUCAGCAAUACGCCUACCACAAUGGCGUGACAUCGCCGCCAACCGGCCAUGCGCCGCCGGCGAGCUCCAUGGGUGCACAAAUGCCCGCGCAGUUGUUGCCACUUCCUCAAGUGAGCCCAGUGAGCAACCAUCCCGGAGGAGCCGCUUCUGGAUAUGGGAACAGCACCGGAUCGCCAUUGCAAGGGUACGUAUAUGACCCGACGGGCCAGAUUGCGCCUCCUGGAGCGAAGCCACGGGUUACCGCAACCUUGUGGGAGGAUGAGGGCAGUCUCUGCUAUCAGGUAGAGGCCAAGGGCGUAUGCGUGGCUCGGAGAGAGGAUAACCAUAUGAUCAACGGGACCAAGCUCCUUAACGUGGCUGGUAUGACUCGUGGUCGUCGUGACGGUAUUUUGAAGAGCGAGAAGCUGCGCCAUGUGGUGAAGAUUGGUCCGAUGCACCUGAAGGGCGUCUGGAUUCCAUUUGAGCGUGCUCUGGAGUUCGCCAACAAGGAGAAGAUCACUGAUCUUUUGUAUCCGCUGUUUGUGCACAAUAUUGGCGGGCUGUUGUACCACCCUGCCAACCAGAACCGGACCAACGUAGUUGUGCAAGAAUCGCAGCACCGGCGUCUGGAAGGCCUUCCCUCGGGCCCUCAGCGCACCACCCCAACGGCGCCCCAGCACUCGAGCUUGCAGCACCCAGCCAUGCACACUCCCAUGUCUUCUCACAUGUCCCAGCCUUCCUCUAUGGGAGGUGGUCCUCGUCCUGGUCUCGAUCGUGCCAACACAUUUCCUACUCCCCCAGCCAGUGCGUCCAGCCUCAUUGGGGUGACCAAUCAAGGUAGUUCGUAUGAAUGGGGUGGCCAGGUACCGCACACGCAGCCCUUGUCCAUCGAUACUGCCCUGAGCAACCAGCGCUCCAUGCCCACGACGCCCGCCACGACCCCGCCAGGCAACAACCUCCAAGGCAUGCCCCCGUAUCAGGCUCAAUCCGGUUAUGACAGCAAGCCAUACUAUUCCGCCGCGCCGCAGACCCAUUCACAGUACGCUCCGCAGACGCCCAUGACGCAGUCCGGAAUCUCGACCUACGGCCAAUCCCUUCCCACGAUGAACUACCUGAAGAACGAGAUGGCUCCUCCGACAGGUCGGGCUCCUGAGACCGAAGCUUCUGAUCUGAAGUCUGACCGAUAUUCCCAGAGCAAUGGGUCAGAUCGCUACUCGCAGAGCAAUGCUCCCGGUGAUGCGGUACAGGAGCAUGAGCCAGAGUACCUGCAGGACCAGGGGUCUGCCUACAACAACCGUGGCUCCUACACGUACACCACCAAUCCCUCGGUGGGCUCCAUCAAUGGCGAGCAUUCUCAGUUGACGCCCGAGAUGACCGGAUCUCCGCAGCAGAACGGUUCGGGCCGCAUGACACCGCGCACCAGCAUUAGUGGGCCGGGUACGCACUGGGCCUCGGGAUAUAACACACCCCCUCGCCCCACAGCCGCCACGACGUUGUACAAUGCUGUGAGUGACACUCGCAGCACACCUGCGAACGGUGCCUCAGACCCUUACUCCAUGGCGUCAACCACGACACCCGUCUACUCGACCACCAUCAACGGCAACAUGGGUUCGGGCAACAAGCGCAUGCGCGAGGACGAUGAUGUUCUACGAACGGACAGUGGCAACGAGUAUGAGAGCAAGCGCCGCAAGACUAUCACCGACGCCACGCUUGGCGGUCCCAUCUUGCAGCCCAUGAAAACCAGCGGGGUGAUGGCUCGCCGCCGAUGA